AGACGUAAUCAGCUCCCCGCCCGAGCUCCCACAGCGCAGCGCCUCAGCGCCGAGCACAGUGCAUACCUGCUAGGUACCAGCCCCGUCGCCGAUAGAGGGAGCGCCCGAAACACACGCAAUAGCUCUCGCCCAGCUCCGUCAUUCCCUCCCCAACCUGGUCGCUCGACUUCCCUCCUCCAUCCUCCCCAUCUUAUCAUCUCCAUCAACUUGCCUUUCGACAUCCCUCGAAUCGCACCCUCUCGUCUUGUCGCAUCGCAUCUCACCGUAUUGAAGUGCGCAGGUCGAAUCGCUGCGUCUCGUGUUAUUGAUUGAUUUAUCCGUCUUCCGGACCCGUCGUCGUCAUCAUGAAGAGCGCUCUUCUCGCCGCAGCUGCGCUGCUUGGCUCCGCCCAGGCUGGCGUCCACAAGAUGAAGCUCCAGAAGAUUCCUCUCUCUGAGCAGCUGGCCACCAACUCCAUCGCGGAGCAUGUCCAGAACCUCGGUCAGAAGUACAUGGGCUCCGCUCGCCCCAACACUGCCGCCGACUACAUGUUCAAGUCCGAAGUUGCCAAGACCGAUGGCGUCCACCCCGUCCCCGUCUCCAACUUCAUGAACGCCCAGUACUUCUCCGAGAUCACCAUCGGUACCCCUCCCCAGACAUUCAAGGUUGUCCUCGAUACGGGCAGCUCCAACCUCUGGGUCCCCUCCCAGGAGUGCGGCAGCAUCGCCUGCUACCUCCACUCCAAGUACCAGUCUUCUGACUCGUCCACUUACAAGAGCAACGGCAGCGAGUUCGAGAUCCACUACGGAUCCGGCAGCCUGUCCGGCUUCGUCUCCAACGACGUCAUGUCCAUUGGCGACCUCGAGAUUAAGGGCCAGGACUUUGCCGAGGCCACCAGCGAGCCUGGUCUGGCUUUUGCCUUUGGCCGAUUCGACGGUAUCCUUGGCCUGGGCUAUGACACCAUCUCCGUCAACCACAUGGUCCCCCCUUUCUACCAGAUGGUCAACCAGAAGCUUCUGGAUGAGCCCGUGUUUGCUUUCUACCUCGGCGACCAGGAGGGCGAGAGCGAGGCUACCUUUGGUGGUGUCGACAAGUCCCGCUUCGAGGGUGAUAUUGAGUACAUUCCCCUCCGCCGCAAGGCUUACUGGGAGGUCGACCUCGACGCCAUUGCUUUCGGUGACGAGGUUGCCGAGCUGGAGAAGACUGGUGCCAUCCUUGACACCGGUACCUCCCUGAACGUCCUCCCCAGCUCCCUGGCUGAUCUCCUGAACAAGGAGAUGGGUGCCAAGAAGGGCUACAACGGCCAGUACACGGUCGAGUGCGACAAGCGCCAGACUCUCCCUGACGUCGUCUUCACCCUUGCCGGCUCCAAGUACAGCCUCCCUGCCACCGACUACAUCCUCGAGGUGUCUGGCAGCUGCAUCUCUACCUUCCAGGGCAUGGACUUCCCCGAGCCUACUGGUCCUCUUGUUAUUCUUGGCGAUGCCUUCCUCCGCCGAUACUACUCGGUCUAUGACCUCGGCAAGAACGCCGUUGGCCUGGCCCGCGCCAAGUAAAUGAUUUAUGGGGAGGAAAUAGCACAGACGAGCAGCGAAUACUGAAUUGAUACUUGUUCGGUUGGGAGAUUGGGUUGGCCAACUGGAUUAAUACCGCAGAUGUUGAUACUGGAGGGGCGGUGAUUGCGCAACGGUGCACAGUUCUCUCAUGUACAAUGCUACUUAAGUAAUAGGAUAUGUGAAUUACCCGCUGUAUUCGAUUUGACUAGUUCCCGUGCUGCAUGUUUGUUGGGCCUGCGUCGUAUUAAGCACCGGGAUGUCUGUACCUCGUCCUUGUGAUGUGUAAGAUAAGGCGGCGAGGUGGCCAAAGCCUGCAGAUGAUUCAGCUAUUCUUUGGGGAGUUGAGUUGGCGAAGAGAGCCCCGCCCAUGAGCGCAAUGAAUGAAAAAAACCCCUUGAUGGCCUUGCGAAAGGAGCUAAUAGCGAGCAACAAUGGCCAGUGGCAGGUCGGGAACUGUGCAGCCACGGGAACUGAGGACGGGAACUGGUACGAG